CGCGGCCGCUGGUUGGCGGGCGCGGGUCACGUGGCCCGGGCAGGAGUUUCCCCGACAGCUGGAGGCUGCGUGGGAUCCGGCGGCGGCUCGGAGCGCGGCGCUGCGGCCCUCCCCGCCCCCUCCACCUCCCCGCCCGCUUCCGCCCGGCUUAUUCUCCUCCGUAUUGACAAACAGCGCGGCCGCGGCGGCGACUCUCGGCGAGCAUCGGUAGCCAAGCCAUGGGAGACAAGAAGAGCCCCACCAGGCCGAAGCGGCAGCCGAAGCCGUCCUCGGACGAGGGCUACUGGGACUGUAGCGUCUGCACCUUCCGGAACAGCGCCGAGGCCUUCAAGUGCAUGAUGUGCGAUGUGCGGAAGGGCACCUCCACCCGAGAAGAAAAAGCUGGAUCACUUACCAGUAACUGGAGUUCUCCUAUUGGGUAAUCUCCACAGAUCCACAUUCUUUGAAGUUAUUGUGAAUGCCUCGAGGACCAAGGAACCGUUGAAAUUUCCAAUUUCAGGAAGGAAACCUCGACCUGUCUCCCAGUUGGUUGCACAGCAGGUUACUCAGCAGUUUGUGCCCCCUACACAGUCAAAGAAAGAGAAAAAAGAUAAAGUAGAAAAAGAAAAGAGUGAAAAGGAAACAACUAGCAAAAAGAACAGUCAUAAGAAGACCAGGCCAAGAUUGAAAAAUGUGGAUCGGAGUAGUGCUCAGCAUUUGGAAGUUACCGUUGGAGAUCUGACAGUCAUUAUUACAGACUUUAAGGAGAAAACGAAGUCACCGCCUGCAUCUAGUGCUGCUUCUGCAGAUCAGCACAAUCAGAGUGGCUCUAGUCCUGAUAACACAGAGAGGGGAAUGUCCAGGUCAUCUUCACCUAGAGGAGAAGCCUCAUCAUUGAAUGGAGAAUCCCAUUAAAGUUUAUUUUCUCCAAUUUCUUAGUUCAUUCAUAUCAUGCAAAUAUACAGAUUAUGCCAAGAAGUACCACAUUUUCAUGACAAACAUAUUCAUGCACAAUUCAUAAUUUGCAUUUUGCAUAAAAGAGAAAUUUGUUAGAAUUUGUUAGAUUUGAUUGCAAUCUAUGCCUACCAAACAUUUCCAGACUUUAACAUUUUGGUCUCCACAAUUAAAGGUGCCAUGAAAAUGUGGUUGAAUUAUUCAUUAUGCAGUGUUAUUGGUAAGUCUAUUUUCACUUUUAGUUUAGUGAAUUCUAACACAUAAUUCUUGAAUUCUCUACUAUUGGCAUGUAACGAAGUUAAAUUUUUAUAACAUAGUGCAACCUGCCUAAAUAUGUAUUAUUUGAGAAUUGUGAAACAAAUAGUUAUAUGUAUACAAGUCAAAGAUCAACUUAAUCAACUAUUGCUGCAACAGGAUUUUCUUAAUGGCUAUCCUCUUAAUACACCUGCUGGUACUUGGUGUGGUUAAAUAGAAAAACUGUUAUUAAAUAAAGAAUUUGUAUGAACCGUUGCCAAUAUUUUUGACACAUUUUGCUAAAUUAUUUUUUCCUGAAUUAUGUUUCUGGUUUUACCUCCUUUUUUUUUUUUUUUUUUUUGCUUUCAAAACAUUCAUUUGUUGUAAUGUUUACUCUCAGACUAGUAAACAAUAAAACAUUGAUUAUUUAGCUUUAUAAUUCAAGUUUAGUGCUAUUGUCAUUGAACACUGGUAUUUUCUGUAUUAUAUAAAAUAUUAAAAUUCAAAUAAUUAUAAGCAUUUGACAAAAGCAGAAGAGAAAAGAAACCUGCCAUAUUUUAAAAGCUGCAAUUUUGGAAAAGCUUUAACUUAAUAGUUCUAUCACUGUUUCCUCGCCCCAAACUUUAUCCAGGGUUAUAGAAGUAUGAAUCUAAUAAAUACAGAAAUGACAACUGUUGCACAGAACUGGGAAAAAAACUAGUUUUAAAUCAGUUUAAUUGGCCUCUUAUUAAAUGUAACAAUUCUUAUGAAAAUCAUAGUGCCCUAUUUUCAGACACAACUGCCAGUUUAUGCAUUUAUCAAUAUCCCAAAAUAAAUAUUUACAGCUCCACUUACUAUUAUGUAAAGUUAUGAAUAAAAUAUUUUUAUGACUACAGAUUUUGCAUUUUUGUUUACAACUAAUAAAGUGUUUUAUGUUAUAUUUAAAAAUCAAACCUAGAAACCACACAGUACUUCUUAAAUUCUCCUAUGGUCUCCUGCUUUUUCUUAGCCAUUUACUUAAUAUAUAGCCACCUGUAGGAGACUUCUGCAAUAUCAAUGAACUUAACAACAUAACUUGGAUACAAAAUAUCACAUAAAGACAUCAUGAUAGCAUUUUAAGAAAAAAAUAAAACUGUAGACCCUGACAGUUGUGAUAUAUGGUGGUUUCAUGUGAUAAUGUAAUUUUCUGUUUUAUUGCAGUACUUUUUACAGGCACAAUGGUACUGUCUUUUUUGUAAGAUGCUAGUUGUGAAAUAUAGUUAAUUGCAUACAGUAAAAGUCUGUGAUUAAAACAUUUAUAUACCUCAUUCUUUAGUGUUGUUAAAUGAAAAAUUAAAAUUUGUUUUUAUUAUCAGAUACUUUCAGUGGAACUGCAACUAACUGGUUAUGUUCUUUUAAAAAACAUGAAGUUUUUUCUGUCUUAUUUUUUUUUUUUUUACCAUAUUUGAGAUGUUUUUUAAAAUAUGCUUAUUUUUAGACAUAGCAAAAAUUACAAAUAAUAUUAAUAGGGAAAAUAUUAUAAAUUUUAAGUCAAAACUAUGCUUUAGAGGUACUGGGUCUUCUGAUGAUAUUCAAAUACUUUCAGAAUGUAUUUUCAGUGGACUGCAAAAGAGACAAAUCUGACAGAGGGUGGGAUUUUACCUGAAUGGGGGUGGCAUAGUCAUCUUUCUAUAUUGGUGGGGAGAUAAUGUAGCAUGGAAAUUAAAGUACUAACUGGUGUUUGGCAUUUGAAUCCCUGUUGUAGAACCUAAGUGACCUUGAGUAAAUUACUCAUUUCAUUACUCAAGGUCACUUCCCAUCUAUUAAACAGGGUGAUGAUAAUCAUAUCUAACUCAUAGGGUUGUUGGGAUGAUUAAGUGUCAAUCCAUAUAAAGUUCUUAACAAUUGCCUGACACAUACUAGAUGCUUAAUAAAUGUGAGCCAUUACUAUCUUAACUGGUAAAAUUUCAUUACAAAAAUACAAAAAACAAUUUGUAACAGAAAUCAUUUCCAUACCCUCUUGUAUGACAGAAAGGAAUUGUGUUCUAUAGGUUACACUGAAUUUUCUGCAUCAGAUGUUUGCUCUGAUCCUAGACCAGCUAUUUUUCCAUAAUUAAAGAACCUGAUGGUAUGCACUAGGAGACAGCAGAAAUGAACUGAGUUGCCUAGUUUAAAAUUUCGUUUUCCUUUCAUUAAUCAUAAUUAUCUUCGCCUGCCUUCAUUUCACCCUACCUCAAACACUUCCAAACGAGGAAGCAGGCCCAAAUCCCACCUUAAAACCUAAUAUUAAAAUAUGCAAGAAGAUUCAGAGCCUGGGCUUAGGGUGCAUUUUUAGCUCUGUUUCAUCAAUUUACCCUGCGAUAGUAGCAGUGUGUUCUUUUAUCCAAAUUCCAUACAAAAAGAGAAUUUGGAUGUUUUUCAGAGUUUAUUACCUUAUUUUGAUAUAAGAGUGAAGAUAUAAUUUGAGGCAUACAAGAAUACAUACUCUUAAAGCCUUUUGUAUUACACAGUAGAAAUAGUUGACUUAAUAAAGGUUUUAUAUUUAUUAAAUGCUUUCCUAAGAUUAUAGUGAUGAUAGCAAAGUGAAAACAAUGAGAAAGGAAGAAAAACUUCAGCUUUUCUAAGUUGAUUGCAUAUUUAUUACCUUUCUUUUAGGUAAAAACCCUUAUUGCCUAAAAAUGUAGUUUCUGCAUAUUAUAUGCAUUAAUGCUAAAUGGUCUAGAAGUUUUAGUUUCUACUAAGGCCCUUUUUUACUUAUUUUUUUGGUCUGCAACUUAUCUUUUUUCCAGAAUCUUUUAAGACCUGAUAUAGGAGCAGUGAAAUUGAUGACAAUUUCUGUACUGUACUUUGAAAAUUAAGCGAAAAAAGAAAAGUGAGUUUGUGUAAGGAUAAGGAUAAGGAUAACCAUAAAAUAAUACUUUGACCUGUUAGCAUUGCCCUCCCCCCUCUUAACCAGAGGCACCUUCAGUUGUCUGGAACAACAAAUGUAGAAAAUUGACGUGUAGAAAAGUUAUCUGUGUCAAAUAUAGCUGAGCAGAAUCAAGAGACAACGAAGGUUGCAGAAUAUAGGAUCAUUUUGUAAAAGCAGAAGGAAAAGAAUUCCCUCAAUUGCUAUUGAUGAAAAAAUAAGCCCUACUAAUUUCAAAGGCAAGGGAGAACACGAAUGGGAGAAAAUGAGGGAAGAAGGGGAGAAACAAAGCACAAAUAAUAGCAGAAAUUAGAAAAUGGGGCAUUGGGGUGCUAUCUGGAUGACAGAGAAAAAUCACUAGGAGCAAGAGGGAGUUGGAGGGGGAGGGAGAGAGAACAAAUGGAACUUAGAAUAUGUUUGUCUCUGAAAAUACUUGAAAAACAUUCUGUGAUAAAUCAUCAUAAUGACUCAGUCAUUAAAGUUUCAGUGGUGGUUAGUAGACUUUUUACUAGGGCAGCAGUAUGUGAUAACUUUAGAACAGUUUUCUUCAAAGCCAGUUAAUUUUAAAAAGCUGCCAUAGAGAAGUUUUACCUUGAAUUAUAUGAAUACUUCCCUGAACUCACAUCCCCACUAACCCAGGUAAUUUAAGCAUUAUGUUUCUAAUAUGGCAUUCUACUUAGCCAGUGCAGAUAUUCCUGCCUUUAUGGAAUAGGCCAAUCCUGGAGCAUACGAAAUGCUGUGACAAUGCAGGUACUUCUAUGGAAAAAAUCAAAGAUAGCUUUGAAAGCUUUCAGUGCCAUGGACCAUUUCAUUAUUCCAUGUUCUGAAUCUUCUCUAGUGGUGUGAUCCCUGCUCCAACGUUAGUAGGAGUUGUAGAUUAUAGUAACUGUUCUUCCAUUGUAAUACUUUCAGUAUUUCCUAAUCUAGGAUUUCUUUACAUCAGUAUUAUUCAACUCUGAACAUUUAUUGGGUAUGUUUUGUGUACAAGGCACUGGCUAGGAAUUGGUUACCAAGAGGACAAAGAUAGGGAACUCUUACAGGGGAGAUCUGUGAAUUAUUACAAUGCCAUCACUGCAACAAUAACUAUAUGUAAGAUACAGAAGUAGCACUGAGCUGGGUGUAUUUGUCACGCCUUUGCUUCUAGAAAAUUCAUCUUCACUGCAAGCCCACACUAGAUCUCAUCUCAUAGUUGUAGCUGAUAUUAGGUGUCAACAAGUAGUUUUAGCCAGCACCAUUUCAUUAUUCCAGCUCAAAUUUCCAAAAGUUUAAAACUUUAAGCCAUAUAAUGUGAGAUUAUCACUUUCCCAUACUUUUAAAAAUCAAUGAACAGCUGAAUGAGGUUUGCUAUUGCCUUUUUGUGAAGAUUAUUGAGGGAACAUUACAUCACUCAAUCCAAAUGGGAAAUUGUAUUCAAACCUGUUUCAGGAAAAUAUUUACUUCUGAUAAAUCAAUUUGCCUUUUUCUUAUGGACAAUACAAAUCAUUAAUUGUCCUCAAUGUUUAUUUUAGUUGUGAGAAAUCUCAUUAAAAGGAAGCUUGCUUUUAACAAUUAUGUAGGGCUCCAUUGCCUGCAUGUCUUUAUUCUGAUUUGUUAUUCUUCAGUCUUCUAGAUUCUGAUUUUUAUCUCAUGUUUUUCCUUGUGUCAUACUAAAGUUCCUCAAAUUUCUUCUGUAAUAAGGCUGAAUAGUGACACUUUUUUAAAAAGCUAAAAAAAGGGCUUUAUUUCAAGAUGUGAGGAUAAGCCCAACGGGAACUUCUUGGAUCAAGGAGCCAGUAAAGUGGUGCCUCUCAGCUGGAAUUCCUGAUGAGUGGAAACAAUAGAUGAGUUUGACAGGUCUUGAGAUUAUACCUUGGUUUAGAUCUGCUGACCUACUUAGAAGUCAGGAGUUGGGAUGAAAGCUACCUACCAUCUUUAUACUUUCAUUACUUCCUUUAGCAAGAGAAUCAGAAACAAAGCUGGAUAUCAAGAUUUAUUCACUUAGACUUUUUACUGUGUAUUAUUUUCAUAGUCCUCUUUUAAUUUAUAAUAACAGCAUUGAAUGAGCCUGUGUUUACUUUGAAGUCAGCAAGAUUGAGAAGAGUUGGGCUACUGUUUAAAACCAGUUUGGGAGGAGAAUACUUCAAAAAUGGCAGUGGAAGUGUUUUUUUAGAAAAGGAGACUGGUCUGACUUCAAGAGCAGAGUGACCUGACCUCAGGCCUGACGAGGUAGUUUUUGAUCUUUAAUUAAAG